GCUACAGUUUCUCUAGGGAUGUGACAAAUUAAUUUUGGGUGGGAUUUAUAGGCCCCCAAACCUUGAUAGGCAGCGCAGUAAGCUGUUAUGGGAUGAAAUUCAUAAGGCAUCUAGAUAUAAAAAUGUUGUGACAAUGGGAGAUUUUAACUUUAGACAAAAUGAUUGGAACAAUAUGACAGGAAAUCUUGAGUCUAGUGACUUUCUUGAUACGGUUCAGGAUUGGUUUUUAGAACAGGUUGUGACAAAACCAACUAGAGGAAACAAUCUGCUUGACUUGGUUCUUGCCAACAAAGAAUCACUAAUUAAUAAUCUUGAGGUUAAUGACGAGCUUGGGGAAAGUGAUCACAAAUCACUUAGUAUCAAUAUAUCAUGGAAUUAUCCAGAUAACUGCAAUCAAAUUUCUGUCCCAGAUUUUCGCUUGGCCGACUUCAAGGGACUGAAAAAUUACCUGGGUGGGCUAAAUUGGGAUGUCCUGACUAUGGGUCAGAUGAAGUCAACGAUUAUGUGUGUACUGGUGGUGAUGCUAGUGGGAAGCAUCAUGGGGAAGUUGUCUCCACCUGAGAGGUCCUAUAAGAUCCUUAUGCUUCUACCCAUCUCCUCCAAGAGUCACAGAAAUAUCUUCAUGCCUCUCGCUGUGGCUCUGGCCGACCGUGGACACAAGAUAGUGAUGUUGACCAACCAACCGAAGUCGUCCAAACAUCCUAACAUUGAAGAUAUCCCUCACGACCUCUCACAAUUCAGGGAGGAAGAUAUUAACUUUUUUGAGAGCAGGAAGAACCCCAGUGGGGUCUUCCAACUCUUUGAGAUUGUUCUACCAACUCUUGUUACGGAGUUGUACAAAGUCCCCGUGGUGAAAGAUCUUUAUGAAAGAAGGAAGGAAUUUGAUGUUAUUGUGAUUGAUCAAUUGUUCAACGAGAUUGCAUAUCCUUCCUGCACGAAAUUCCCUUCAUUACCCUUUCAACUCAGGGUGGAACACAUCUCAGCCUCAGUUCCCGGAGCUGCCCGUUGUUGGACCUGGAGAGGAACGUUGUUUUAUGUGCUCAACUGUCACUUUUCUACAGCACACCACUGCUAUCCUGCCUUAAAGGUGGAGGUGGGCGCCAUGAACUGUAGUCCUCACGCAAACCUUUGCCUCAGUACCUCCGAUGCCCGUCCAUACGCCGACCUCUUCAUCAAUGCUUUCGCAGGCUGCCUACAAUCGAGUAUUAUGGAAUUACGGGAAGAGCUGAGGACGUCCCUGACAAAGCGUGAUGAUCAGCUAGUGGCUUCCCCACAGGUUUAUUCUUGGAGCUCCCAGCAUGGCCGUACAGCUGUGUUCUGGAUCACGCAGGGGGGACUUGAUGUUUGUGGCUCUGGCAUGAACCAGAGCAAGCGCUCCUUUAGUCAACGGGGAGAGCGUAUUGCCUAUGCAUGGACUAAAUCAGGGGGAUUACGCCUGUCCCAAUUUGCUUUCGAUGUUGAUCCGGUGGUUCUGCUCCUGUGCCCUCGUUGUAAAACCCACCAGUCACGUUUAUAUGACCUCCACUGUAAUCUUGGGUUUAUGGCUGCUCGCUGCACAAGUGAAGGCCGCCUGAAAGCUCUGAGCUGCUUCAUCUGGAUCUUCUGGAAGAGGAGACUCUGCCCACCAGUGCUCGAUGGACCUCCUGGAAGCACCCCCAGUUGGCCUUCUUGA